AUGGCUACUGUCCGACAGGCCAAUGUAGAACAGCGCGAAAUUGUACGGCAACUCGACGCUCAAAAUCAUUCUGAAAGGCGCCGCAGCCUACAAGUUAGACUUGCACAACGCCUUCGAAAUACGACAUCGCGCCAACAAUCUCGUCUCGAUGGGGACUAUAGUGCUGCAGAACAAGAACAAAACACGGAUGAACGUCGGCAAGCUCGCCUGGAUCCGGAAUACCGCGCUGCUGAACAAGGACGAAAUACAGCUGGGCAUCGACGAGCUCGCCUGGAUCCGGGCUAUGUUGCAGAAGAAAAAGAGCGAAACACAGCCGGACGUCGUCGAGCUCGCCUGGAUCCGGGCUAUGUUGCAGAGGAACAGGAGCGGAACACGGUCGGACAUCGUCGAGCUCGCCUGGAUCCGGGCUAUGUUGCUGAAGAACAAGAGCGAAACACGGCCGGACGUCGUCGAGCUCGUAUGGAUCUGGGCUAUUUUGCAGAGGAACAGGAGCGAAACACGGCCGGACGUCGUCGAGCUCGUCUGGAUCCGGGCUAUGUUGCAGAGGAACAGGAGCGAAACACGGUCGGACAUCGUCGAGCUCGCCUGGAUCCGGGUUAUGCUACUGAAGAACAAGAGCGAAACACGGCCGGACGUCGUCGAGCUCGUAUGGAUCCGGGCUAUGUUGCAGAGGAACAGGAGCGAAACACAGCCGGGCGUCUUCGAGCUCGUCUGGAUCCGAGUUAUGUUGAGGAAGAACAAGAGCGAAACACAGCCGGACGUCGUCGAGCUCGCCUGGAUCCGAGCUAUGUUGCUGAAGAACAAGAUCGAAACACGGCCGGACGUCGUCGAGCUCGUCUGGAUCCGAAUACCGUUGCUGAGGAACAAGGCCGAAAUACAGCGGGACGUCGUCGAGCUCGUCUGGAUCCGGGCAUCGUUGCUGAAGAACAAGAGCGAAACACGGCCGGACGUCGUCAAGCUCGCUUAGAUCCAGGCUACAGCGCAGCUGAACGAGAGAGGAAUGCUGAACAACACCGACAAGAGCAGAACAAUCGCAAGAAGAACGGGAGGAAGCCAGAGAAAGAGAACUUCAGCAAAGAAGAGGAUCUGCAAUUACAAUAUACAAAAGGAAAAUCAAGGAAGGACCAUCGGAAUGCUGCAUAUGCUGUGGAGGGACGUGGUUCCCAGACAAGAUACUUUGAUAAUAGACUGCGAGAGUUGAUGAAACUAUUCAAAUCUGAUAUAUUUGGAGAAUUUGAACGGUCGCACUAUUAUUGGAGAAUGGAGUUCCAACACAGAGGGUCACCCCACUCCCAUGGAGCUCCAAAGUUCAACAAUGGCGAUUCCACCAAUAUUGAACAGAUGGUGAAUUUUAUCGAUAGAUUUAUCACCACCAACGGAGAUGAUUCUGAACUACAAGAAGUGAUACGGUACCAGCGCCACAGACACAGCGCAUCAUGUCUAAGGGAACUUCGGGAGAAUCCUGCACAGGAUGCCGACGUCUUCACAAUUGACACCAAAUUGGAAACUUUGUCCAAUGCGUGGAACGAGUUCGUGAAGUCUGGCGACGAAUUGGCCAAAUCCGACAAACUAGAGGGUUAUGUGGACCCUACCGAAGACUUCGAGAUAUACGAGGAGAAAUAUGAAAGAGCAAAUGCCCGCCUUAAGGCUUUACGAGCUACCUUGGCUACGUCUGGCAAGUUGGAAGAAAUCGUCGCGGCUGGCAACGAUGGUUCGGUCUUCCAAAGAAUUCUGCAACAAUUGCAAAAUCAACAGCAACAACUACAACUCCAGGUACAGCGUCAAAUGGAACUCCAGAUGCAGAGCUCACAGUCGGUUGCAACACCGGCACCAAGAGAUUGUGAGUUACCGGAAAUCAACAUCAAGCCCUUCGGUGGAGAUUACAAGGAAUGGCAUGCCUUUAAAGACCUGUUUGAGAGUACCAUUGACGGAAAGACAACUUUGACGAAUAUCCAAAAGUUUCAUCACAUGAAGUCAUGCGUCAUAGGAGAAGCAGCGAUACUCAUCCAGCAUUUGCCCGUAGUGGUGCAAAUUACGACACUGCAUGGAAAUCAUUGA